AGACCCACGUGGUAGUUUUGUUAUAGAAUGGAGUUGAAUGGAGAGCGAGAGGAGGACAACUAUAGCGAGGGAGACGAGGAAGAUCAGGAGUCAGAGCCGUGUCCGUGUCUGUUCUGCAAGAGCGAGCAGAGCUCGGCGGCAGCCACUCUGGACCACUGUCGAGAAGAACACCUGGUGGACCUACCGCGGAUCGCUACACAGCUCCACUACGACCACUACUCCUGUAUCAAAUUGAUCAACUACAUCAGAAAACAGGUUUGUUGUAGCUAACAGUGGAUCUCGUCCUAACUGUUUCUCUGAAUACAGGGAGCCCGCCCCUCCCUCUUCUCCCCUCUCCCCCAACGACCGUACCCCUGGGAUGAUGACUCAUUUCUCCAGCCAACACUGGAACAGGACCCUCUACUGCUAGUGGACUGGGAAUCAGAAACUGAACAAGCCUCCAACACUGGCAACACUCUUUCGCAGAGGUUGAUUUACAGCAACUACAAUUUACAAUUUAUAUAUC